AUGGCACUUGUAGGUGGGAAGCACAGUGCUGAACGUCACGGUGAUUCUGAAAGCUCGCUGAUAACGGCGGCAGGAAAGCAUGGAUAUGAACACUCUGACCUGUGGAGGACACUUUGGAGGAAGAUUGGAUGAACCGGCCACCUUCACAUGAUUGACACGGGGAUCUCGGACUGACGUCAGCCGGUGCCGCUGCCUUCCAGGACUGUGGGAGAGUCAGACAGAGAGGAGAGCUGAGGCUGGAGCGCAGCGCUGCUUCCACAGAGGCAACACCGGAGGAGAGAGACUUUACCUGGGACACAGAGGAGGAUUUCGUGAUGCGCCACUCGUGCGUAAAACGCUGGCACCUUCUCCAGAGCGCACAUGAAGCACAGAGAGGAAACACCAAUCCAUAAAUAACCAUCGUAAACCUCGUCGUGUUCACGUUCAGCCUUUAAAAAAAAAAAAAAAAACUCAUUUCAAGGCUCUGGCAUCGUGGGAGAAGAGAAUCAGAGGAGGCCAUUUGGGAUGUGAUUUAUUUAUAUAUAUAUAUGUUUUUUUUCCAUGAAGGAAAAGUGAACGAGUGAAUCCCUGAGGAGAUAAGGUGUGAAGAGCUGGAAACUGAAUAUUAAUCCUGAAACAAAACUGCUGAUGGAGCAGUCGUGAAGCUGGGCAUCGGAGGCGUUUUUAUACCAAGGACUCUAAAUAAAUUCACUGUGAAGGGACUCUCUUAGAGUGAGAUUUUCUAAUGAGAAAUUCAAUCUGAUAGGAUAUUAAUAAUGCACAUGGUAUCCUAUCACUUUAUAACUGUCUGUACAGUAGGUGGAGGAGGUAAGAUGUUCUCUCUUUUUGUAACAUUCCAGAAAAUGAAACAACAGUGAAAUUAUUGGAUCUUUUGCUCUCAUUUGCCUGCUGGUGAUUCCUGGACCUCAGCUUUAAAAGUGUUGUUGUUGUCUAGUCGUCUCAUCCUAAGUUCCUUUCUCCAGCGAUAAUUUUUUUUUUUAAACUUCGGAACUGCAGCAUUUUUGCUUCAAUGAUACAUGUCUGAUGUAUCUUGUGAGGGAAAAUGUCUAAAACAGAAGAAAAAGGCACUUUUUUUCUUGGAAAAUAUAAGAAUUUUCUUGAAAAUCAGUGGAUUGUUGUGUCACAAUGCUAACAGACUUUUAGUUGUUGUCCAGCUACUCCUCUCUCUUCAAACAUGGAGAAUGUCUCCACCCCUGGCGGUGCACUGCCUGUAUGUAAUGACUCUGUGGACUUCUACUCCCUCACGUCAGGGAACCGCACUGAGUUGAACUGCACUCCUCCCUCUGAGUUUUACUUCUACGCUGACCUGUACAUCAUUUUACCGAUCAUCUACUCUGUAAUCUGUGCAGUGGGACUGACUGGAAACACAGCUGUCAUCUAUGUUAUCCUCAAAGCCCCCAAAAUGAAAACAGUCACUAAUAUGUUCAUCCUGAACUUGGCUAUUGCGGAUGAUUUGUUUACUUUGGUGUUGCCAAUCAGCAUAGCUGAACACUUACUGCACUACUGGCCUUUUGGUGAGGUUUUGUGCAAAGUUAUUCUGAGCAUAGACCACUACAACAUAUUCUCCAGCAUCUAUUUCCUCACAGUCAUGAGCAUAGACCGCUACCUAGUUGUCUUGGCCACAGUGAGGUCCAAACGCAUGCCUUAUCGCACCUACCGAGCAGCCAAAAUCAUCUCUUUGUGCGUCUGGAUUCUUGUCAUUCUCAUCGUCAUGCCUUUUACUGUGUUCGCUGGGGUUUACGUCAGCCCAAAUGAUGAGAGGAAGAGCUGCGUGCUCAGCUUCCCUAGCCCUGAGAGCUUGUGGUUCAAAACAAGUCGGAUCUACACACUCAUUUUGGGGUUUGCCAUCCCUGUCUCAACAAUUUGCAUCUUAUACACCAUGAUGCUCUACAAGCUGAGGAACAUGCGGCUCAACAGCAAUGCCAAGGCUCUGGACAAGGCCAAGAAGAAAGUUACCAUCAUGGUGUUCAUCGUCUUGGCCGUCUGCUUGUUCUGCUGGACCCCGUUCCACCUCAGCACCAUCGUGGCUCUGACAACAGACCUGAGGACCACGCCGCUGCUGAUCGGGAUCUCCUACUUCAUAACCAGCUUGAGCUAUGCCAACUCUUGCCUCAACCCUUUUCUUUACGCCUUCCUGGACGACAGCUUCAGGAAAGCCUUCAAGAAAAUGCUGGAAUGCAGACCGGCCUGAAUGUACGACAUGUUAAACCUGUUGCAGAGGACUAACUGUGGGGAAAGCAAAUUGUAAUAGAAUGGGGAAAGGGGUGAUAUCCUAAUGUAUGUCAUGCAAAUUUCACUGGUUUGUUAAAGCUGCACUAGGCAAUUUUGCACAUUGUUUGUGCAUGAUAGCAAAAGAAAAACUAGAAAACAGAACAUAAAAAUGCCUGUAAACUGCAUGCAGCUUUUUUAACGUCAUACUGUAGUAUAAAGGAUUUACAUUACAGGAAUCCAAAAUAAUGAGCAACGAAAAACACCAGUUUAUUUCUGAGUCCAGCUUUGUCUCGAUUUAAAAGUCAAGCAUGACAUGCAGACAACUUAAUGUCAUCACUUCUGGUGAGUGGAGAUGAUGUGCUGCUGGCAGAAGUCAAUUAGUGCAAACAGCAAAUAGAGACAUCUUAUACAUGAGUGAGAGUCUUGUGUCAGAGCAAGGCUGUUAGACUUAUGCAGAACUUACCUAGUGCAGCUUUCAGUGGCUCUGAAAGCACAAAGUUGAUAAAACUAGACAAUAUUGCUUGCAAUAGGGGAUGAUGUUGGUUGACAUAGAGGACAAUAAUGACAUUUUAAAAAUCUGAAAAAACAAACAAUAAAACAGCAGGUUGUGACUGUUAGAGUCACCUGAAACAUCAUUGUCUGAAAAUUGAUUAUUUUCAAGGCUAAGACUGCAGCUGUCAGUUUCUUUUCUUCUUUCGUUAACUAAUCUAAAUAUAGAGCCAAGAUGGGUCAUUGCAAACGCUUGUGACCUUCACUGGACUCGUCCCGUUUCCACAGGACUGCCUGUGAGGAGGCAAACAUCUGCUGUGUGGAAAGAAAACUGAACAGCAAGACUGAUUUCCAUGCUGCCAAUCAAAUCAGCGUCACGAGGGUAGCAUGGUGUGUGACAAGGGAACACAGGUGUCUGAUAUGAAUGGCUUAUUGAGGUUGACUGUAAAACUGGAGGGGGAAACUAUGUUUCAUAAUCAGUGCUGGUGGGGUAAGGUGAGAAAUUGUGAGAUCAUGUAUGCAAACACUUAAUCUGCCUUUGAAAUGACUUGUGUUUGGAACAAAGUAGUCCCAAAGGAAAUGAUAGAACUUUGUAGAUUAUCUAAGUGUUGUGGUUCUGUUUUGGGGGGUUUAAACAAGCAGGUUUCAGUCUGAACAAUUAAAGGACCAACGUGCAGAUUCUUAUAAUAUUCAGUGUCUGGAUGAAGGGUGAAGUUCUGUUUAGUUUUUUUGUUUGUUUGUUGCCAGAAUGUAUAUGUAUCAUUCAAGUCAUUCACAAAAGAAUCUUACCAACCCUGACAACAGUACUGUAGGCCUGAUAUUAACCAGGCAUGGGACAGGAGGGCUAUGUAAAAAUGUAUUCUGUGUUUCUCUUCACAGAUUUCUUGUUUCUGUGAGCUUAUAUUGCCCCCUGUUGUCGGCAGGGUGGCAUUACCUGAAAAUGCAGCCGGAGCCUUUUACAGCUUUUGAGCAAAGACACUAUUAAGGGGAGUUGCAUGUCUCCAUGUGUGUCUUUAUGAUGUUCAUUUUUCAGAUACAAAGAUAAUGUGCAUUUUCUCUUUCCACAUAACAUUUUUUUCUCCAUUCACAACUUUUUUUUUUAAGUAUCUGUAAUUCAUAAAGACUCAAAAUAGUAAAACUCACCAGUCUACAUUCUGAAGUCUCAUUCAUUUAAUCUAAAAGGGACAAAGAGGGAAAGUUUAUGUCUUACCUCUGUAGAAGAUAGCACUGAACAACAGCAAAAUUCAAUGAAAAACGUAAACAAAAACACAACAAAAAUCAAUCUCAAAUGGCAAUAUCUUCAUCAUCAGAAUUUUGCAUGUUUGAAGCUCGAUCCUUCCCAUUAAAAAUGAAAUCUUAGUAUUGUCUUGCUCAGUAAUCUAUAAAAGUUUUCAAAAAGGAAAAUAACAGAUGUAUACUUUUGGGAGCUAAAGUAUAACAUGUGCGUGACAAAUUUGGUUUCUUUGACAGUUUGAGAUUUCUCCCAGAGGUUUGGAAGCUUUGAAGCUUGACCACGCACUACUUCAUAGAGAACUACCACUCAAGCUUUUUGCUCUUUUAUCCUGCAUUCUGUCUCCCCUGUUGCACUGUUUAACAGUAAACUGUCUCAAAAGACAGUCUACUUCCUUGAGUAUUUUUUAAUUCUACACAUCGUGCUCUUUUAAAUGUUAAAAUCACAACACCCAGCACCACUGUAAGGUCUUGCAACCUCUAAUUGCUGUAAAAUGUAAAAACUUUAUUCCUCCUCUGUUUUGUUUUGCACAAGGCUUUAUCUGUAUGGCUCUGACUGCAACAAAUACUAUGAACUGUAAAUAGUUCAGUCUUUUGUGAUUUAACUGUACAGAAGAAUGUAUAGUCAUGUAUAAUCAAACAUUCUCCAAGAUUACAAACUGUGUCACUCAAACAAGAAAUGAUUUAAGUUGAAUCAUUGUCUUAUGCAGCAUUUAAAGUCAUGAGAUCUCAUGUCAUUUAUUUGUGUAUUCUUUCAUGUCUGUCAUUAGCUGUUGCUGAUUUAAUGAUUAAUAUAUAUUCAUUUCCCCACCAGUAUUUGUGUCUGAUAUUUUAGAACCAAAGUUGCUUGCAAAAUAUAAUAAAUGUGCAGAUAUUUCAAUCAUAAA